AACUCUGCAUUAAAAAAAAGACAUAGUAACAGAUGGUACAUAUAUGGGAGUUGAGCUGCAGAUUUUCAUCUCCAAUGGCCGCAUUUGUGGAAGACAAAACUUCAAAGGCAUGUGCACCAUUUAUCACAGUAGAAUUUUACAAAUUGAUAGUCAAAGAUGGCGGUUUCCACUUGCGGUGGUGGAUGAUUAUCUCAACAUUCUGUUCUCAAUUAUGCAAGCUUUUACGCUCAAUUAUCCAAAAAAGAUAUUGAAUUUUUUGAGAUUCAAUGUAUCGGAACUAUGAUAACUGGGAGAAGUUGGUUGCAGCUGUUCUAAAGAGAGAAGAGUUCCGGCGGCUUGCACUCUGCGACAGCUUCAGCACCUCAAAUUCAACUAAUUUCAGCUUUGAUUCCGAUGUUCCUCUCGAUAUUCGGGCGAGAGACUCGAUCAUGCAGAUCUAUCUAGUCAGGAAACUUUCGUUUUCCGUGAUGUGAAGGCCAUAGAGUAUGGGGAGAUAAAAAAAGCUAUCAAAAACAUUCACCCAGGCAUGUUGUGGGGGAAAGGGGCAGAGGCAAAUGGUUGUGUUUAUAAAGGAUGGAUCCAUGAACACAAUCUUACCGCAGUGAAGCCUGGAACUGGAAUUACUGUUGCUAUCAAGAAGUUGAAACGCGGAGGUUAUCAAGGAAAUAGGCAGUUGGCAGUAGAAUUGUUGCAGGAUGAAAUACAUUAUUUGAGUCAACUCCAUCACCCAAAUUUGAUCAAACUUGUCGGAUAUAUCUGCAGUGCAGACAACAGGAUUCUGGUAUACGAGUUCAUACUCAAAGGAAGCUUGGACAACCAUUUGUUCACAAGAGGGCAUAAUUUCCUUGAUUGGGCAACAAGAGUCAAAGUGGCUAUAGGUGCUGCAAGAGCUAUUUCCUUCUUGCAUGACUUGGAAAUACCGGUCAUACAUCGAAAUAUUAAGUGUAGUAACAUUCUUUUAGAUGGCGACUUUAACAGCAAGUUGUCGGGCUUUGGUCUUGCAAUAGAUGGUCCUUCGACUCAUGUAUCAAGUCCAGUUAUUGGUACAUACGAAUAUGAUCCUCCGGAGUACAUGACAACAGGUCACUUGACUACGGGAUCUGAUGUGUAUGGUUUUGGAGCCGUUUUGCUCCAAAUAAUGUCAGGGCAUCGAAUUAUUGACCCUAAACAGCCUGCGGGAGAGUAUAAUCUAAUUGAUUUUGCAAAACCUUAUUUUAAACCCUAAACCCUGUCCGCAAUAUCUGUGUAUAGAACCAAGACUACGACCAAAAAUGUCCGAGGUUGUAGGUGUGCUUGAAUCACUGUAAUACCAAUGUAUGCUUGGUUAUGUUUUGAUGCUUGUAAAGGAAAUUGUUACAAACUCUCAAUUAAUGUAUGAGAGUGUAUCUAUAAACAUAUGACCAUUACUAUGCA